AUGCUGACCAAUCGACGCUCAACCCUUAUGGUCCCCAACGCCCUAAACGGACGUCCAGCAUCCUACACGCCGGGGAUAACCAACCCCCCAACCCUCACAACUCUGCGUCCCGAAAACGAACCUCACUGCACGGCGCCCGCGAUCCUAACCUCGACCAUGCCGACGCUGCCAGGGUACCGCAUAUCUCGCGUCCUAGGCGCCGUGUUCGGGAGCACGACGUACGCGCUAAAAGACACCAAGGCGCUGCUAAAAGCCAGCGCCGCGGGCGGCGAGGUCAAGAGCCUCACGCACAUCAUGUAUAACGCGCGCGACCAGGCCGCGGAACGCAUGACGCGCGAUUGUGUGACGCGUGGCGCGAACGCGGUUGUGGGGAUGACGUUCGAGGAAAGGGAGGUCUUGGGGUUUAUACAGGUUUCGGUUUGUGGGACGGCGGUUUAUGUGGAGAGGGAGAAGGUGGUGCCUGAGAACCCGUUUUCGCCGUGA